AUGAGCCAACAACCACACGAUCUGGGCUAUCUCGACUAUGCAAAUCCCGCGAACCGCUCCCCGACGUCGUCCAGACAGAACUAUGCAGGUGGCUUCGCAUCAGGGCUGACUCUGCCUCGCCAGCCCCCCCCGCGGCCCUUUGACGGCCAUCUGGGCUCUUCUGCACUCUAUCCUUCUGACAGAAUAGGGGGAGGCUACAAUCCUCGAGCCAUGGACACCAUGACCGGCCCCGUAGGCAUGUCCGGCGGCUACAUGCUUGAUAACGGUCAGUCCUGGAACUACAAUUCGAUUGGCGUUGCCACGGUCAACGGCGCUAUUAACGGUCCGGGUCGGCAAAGGAGCGUGAACCGACGGGCUGCCCUGCCUCAAAAUUGGACGGACCAGAACGGUAUGGGCAUGGUGAAUGCUGGCCUGCACCCAUUCCCCGCCGGCCUCGGUGGACACUUGUCAAACGGUGGACUUCGCGUCGAUCACGGUCAGGCUCACACCUCCCCAGACCUCCGCUCAACUGCGUCGGACGGUGAACAGCUCAUCCCCACCGCGAUUGUGAUCAAGAACAUACCUUUUGCGGUCCGCAAAGAAACCUUGGCGUCCAUCAUGCUGGAUAUGAACCUUCCUCAGCCGUACGCCUUCAAUUACCAUUUCGACAACGGCGUUUUCAGAGGACUCGCCUUUGCCAACUUCCAGUCAGCCGAGGACACAAGGGUAGUGAUUGAAGCCAUGAACGGCAUGGACGUUCACGGUCGGAAGCUUCGGGUCGAGUACAAGAAAAUGCUGCCGGAAGCGGAGCGAGAACGCAUCGAACGUGAGAAGCGAGAGAGGCGCGGCCAGCUUGAGGAACAACACCGUGCUCCCAUCCUUCACCAACAAAGCUCCAUUCAGUCGCUUGGCAGCAUGUCGCAGUCCCAGCCGCGCGUUUCGUCCUCUCACUUGGGAGAUGUUGAUUUGAAUGACCCCCAUUCCCUCGAGUUUUAUACCGAGCUUGUCAUGUUCAAGCGGGACGACAGCCGGGAGAUUCUAGUCUUUCCCCCUUGCAUCAGCCCGGAGCACCGUCGAUCGAUCCACAUCCUUGCGCACCACAUGGGACUCGAGCACCAGUCUAUGGGAGAGGCCGAUUCUAGACAGCUCACUGUGCUGAAGAGGCAGCAACCCUCGCCGACGGCUAUUGUGCAGAAUGCGCCAGCCAACAACCUGGACGCGCAUAAGCGUGGGUUGAGCCGGGCAGCCACCUUUGACUUUGCAGCCGAUCGGGAGUCUCGAGCGGCCGGGAACAACUACUCUCACAUGAUGGGACGCCAAGGCCCUACGCUGGAACUCCCAGGAAGUCCCGACGGAGUUGUCUUGCCCAACAAUCUGCGAGCCGCCAAGAGUUUUGCCGAUCUCAGAUCCUUCACCCCUAGCCCCUCGCAGGCGUCCUCGAGCUAUCUGGGGCCCGGGUCUGGCAUGAACAGCAUGGCGCCGGGCUCCACCGCCCGAUUCGGCGACUACAUGGGCAGCGUUGGUCAAACAAGCCACUCUGGCAACCCCGGCACCCCAGGGCCCAAAGGCGACGGCUUCAUUGCCGGCCUCGGUGCACUGAGUCUGAGUCCUUACGACACAAAUGCUGCCAUGCAACAAGCCCGAAAUGCCCCUGGCGCAAUUGGCAGUCAACGACCCGGCGCCAACAUGAACAACAAGCAAGGAGCUCCCGAAAGACAACCUCGUGGGCCCGAAUGGGAGUCGACUGCUGGUUUCGGCGGUCGUGGUCGGCCCAAUGGUCACAUGCAGCGCGGCAGUGAUUCUUCAGACAGCGGCGCUCGGGGGGCGACCAACUCGGCCGGUGCUUCUAGAUAUCACUAA